CAGCCCUAAUCCUCAUCCCGCCUCCUCCACUCUAAUCUGAUUAGCGGCGGCGUCUGCCAGCGUGCCUCUGUUUGUGUGUGUGUGUCCAUUUUGUGUCGCUGCGUUCCAGCAACCGUGCCUUUGUUUGACUGGAGAGCACAGGGAUUAGCAGAAGUGGCUGAACAAAACCAAAAGAAAGAAAAAACAACCCACCACAAACACAGUUUUUUGGACCGGGGGCGAUUUCCGGCCCCCCCGCUCGGCCUCGGCAGGUAGCGGUCCCCGGCGGCGACCCCGCGAUGCCUGUGUUCUACCCCCCUGUGCCCGAGAACCUGCAGAUGGGCCUGGCCUACAUGGGCGGCGCCGUGUUCACCAGCAACAGGACAGCAGACAGCGACGUCACCAGGGAGCAGGAGGACGCAUCGGUGGCCAACGAGCUGGUGUCUCAACUCCCCCUGCAGAUGCUGCUGUACUUCAACAUGUUUUAUUUCCCUUGUUGGUGGUUCUCGGCGGUGUUCAUGCUGGAAGUAAAGUUCUACCACCUGGCGGGCUACUACCAGGCUCUGCUCAUCACCGGGAUGAUUCUGCUCACCGUCAUUGAAGUCGCCCGGCUCUACCUGGGCUACAUUGGCAACCUCAAAGAAAAGGUGCCAGAGUUGGCCGCCUUCUGGCUCCUGUCUGUCAUGUUCCAGCUGCCCGUGCUGCUGUUCUUCCUGACCGACGAGGGAAUCAUCAUCCUGCCGCUGGAGAGAGCCGUCCACGCCCUGUACCUCCUCUUCCUGCUCGCCCAGAUCCUGGCCUCCCUCCUGGCGCUGCGGACCAUGACCCGCAAGCUCGCCCUCCUCUUCCACCUGCGCCAGUUCGGCAAGGUGGAGGGCCUCCGCCACGCGGGCAUGAGCCCCGUCUGCGGGCUGCCCUACCGCCGGAGCGUGCUGCCCGUCUCGCGGCACCGUGACGCGUACCACUGACGGGAAAAAAACACUAAAAAUCCAUCCUCAAAUUGAACCUGACUCUUUGAACUUGGGAUCUCUUGUUACUUCCGGUUCACCGCUGCACUGUGAACUUCGAAAUCACAGCCAUUCAACAGUUUCGUACAAACUGGAUCAAGUCAGUCAGGUGCGCGUCGCGACGACCGCAUUGCAUUCUGGUCUUCUGAGGCCGCCGUCGCCGCCGCCGCCGCCGCUUCCGGACAGAAGCGGCAGUCAUUUGAUUUAAAAGAAAAAAAUACUUUGACUUUGGCCCCACUCUAAAUGUCAAGAGCUGAUGCCAUGUCAGGCAAAAUGUCAUAAAGCGGCAUGACUUUACAGCUAUAAUAGAAGAAAAUACAUCAUUUAAAAAAACAAC